AUGGCGUCUCCUGGUGCUGUGUCUCUGCUGGGCUUCAAGCGGCUGUCUGUUUACCUGUGGGACUGCAUGAAGGCUCCAGCAGACCUGAGAUCAGCUGCACAGCAGAGUUCCCCCGGCACCGAGGUUGAGUUGGAAGAGGACGACAAGAAGCUGAAGGCCGACACCAAGAUAAACCUCAUGAAGUUGGAGUCUAAUCAGCAGCUACAGAGGCGCCGGUCAGAGAUCAAUUUAUACAAAGAAGAGGCAGCGUGUGACGACAGAGACUCAAACUCAGAGGGAACUAAUCCUGGAGAAAUCGACCAACUCCAGCUGAAUCACACAAUGCUUCAGGAAGAUGGCGGCUCAGACGUACAGAACCAUAAACUAUCUGAGUCGCAGAAAUCAUCUGAGCUGAGCGAUGUAGAGACUCGUCAGGAGGAAGCCGGCUGCUCAGAUCAGAGAGAUGUCUCCACAGCAGACAUCACCACACCAGAGCAACAGGACACUGGAGACGUGGACACUGGCUGUGGAGAGAAGAACCUGCAGGAAAGUGCGUCUGAACCACGGUCGCACCGCUGCAGGGAUUGUGGGGAAUCCUUCGCAGGGAGACGCAACGUCCUCCGACACCAGCGGCAUCACUGCAGCGCGUUGGUCCGAACGCCGCUUCGCUCGGAAGAGUCGCAGCCGGAGACGUUUCCGUGCAGCAGGUGCAGCCGGACGUUUCGGACGAAGCAACACUUGAGGCUUCACGAGAAAGCCCACAAAGAAAACCAGGAGGUAAAAGAUGCUCGGCGAGAGAGGUGUCACAGCUGCUCCCAGUGCAACAGGAGCUUCUACCUGCUGCAGACCCUGCGGCAGCACCUGCUCACCCACAGCGGAGAGAAGUCCUUCAGCUGCACCGUCUGUGGGAAGCAGUUUGGGAGAGAAGGAACUCUGAGGGAGCACCAGCUGAUCCACACCCGGGAGAAGACGUUCACAUGUGAGCAGUGCGGCAAGACGUUCGCCAGGAGAGGAGAUCUCAGAAAGCACAUGGUCAGCCACUCGGACGAGAGGCCGUUCAGCUGCAGCUUCUGCACCAAGAGCUUCAAGCUGGUGUCCAAGCUGAAGCAGCACGAGCGCCUCCACACGGGCGAGAAGCCGUUCCAGUGCUCGCUGUGCGACAAGAGGUUCCGAGUCCACGUGUCGCUGGCGGUGCACCAGCUCACCCACACGGGGGAGAAGCCCUUCAAGUGCACCGUGUGCCCCAAGGCCUUCAGCGACCGGAACAACCUGAGGAAGCACCAGAUGAUUCACUCCGGAGAGAAGCCGUUCAGCUGCUCGCACUGCGGCAAGAGCUGCCGCCUGCUGCAGCACCUGCUCCUCCACCAGCGCAUCCACACGGGCGAGAAACCCUUCACCUGCGACCAGUGCGGGAAAGGAUACGCCCGUCUGUCCACUCUGAAGACACACCAGUCCGUCCACGCCGACAAGCCGCUGCGCUGCUCCCUGUGCGGCCAGGAGUUCAAGGCUCUGCCGGAGCUGACCGACCACGAGUGCAAGGAGACGGCCGAGAAGCCGCACCGCUGCUCGCAGUGCGGCAAGUGCUUCACCCAGGCCGUGAACCUGAAGAAGCACCAGCUGAUCCACUCCGGACAGAAGCCUUUCGACUGCAGAGAGUGCGGGAAGCAGUUCAACCACAGGAGCAACCUCACCAAACACACGCGCAUCCACACGGGAGAGAGGCCGUUCAAGUGUGAGCUCUGUGGGCGGAGCUUCAGGCUCCUGCAGCAUCUCACUAACCACCGAGCAACUCAUGAGAAGAAGCCGACGCCCCAACAGACCUCGUGA